AUGCCGCCCCAGCCGCCGCCAGCGCGGGACGCCCCAGUGCGCUUCGUGCAGGUCAACCCCCGGAGGCGUGGCUCGAAGGCUCACGCGCGCUACGAGCGGUACAAGCACGGCGCCUCCAUCGCGGAGGCCCUUCGGCUGGGGGCUCUUCCAGGCGACAUCGCGUGGGACCUGCAGCGGGGCUUCGUCCGCGCCGCCGCGGGCGGCGGCGCGACGGGCAUGGACAUCAUCAAGGGCAAGAGCAAUGGCAAAGACACCGGCUACUGGGUGGAAGGCGUCUACUACCCCUCGGGAAACGACACCCCGCGGGUGGUUCUCCUGAGGCUCGGCGUGAAGAGGUUCGGCAGCGAGGAGGCGCUCGCGCGGGCCCUUGCUGAGCGUGGGGGAGGCUGCGCCGCGCCGUCCGUGUAG